UUUGUUUCCAGAUGGUGCCCUUCCUUCAACCUGCACACAGUCUCUCCUUGUUCAGAGCUAUUCAACCUCCUGCUGAUCUCAUUACCCCCCACCCCUAUUUAAGGCUACAGAGAGGAAAUCCUAAGGAGGAAAUUUUCCCUUCGAGUCUCCAGCAACGUUUUGGUGACGUAUUAAGUGGGCGGAACUUGAGUCUACUAAGAGAGGGAAUCACUAUUCAAGGGUACUGCAUAUACAAUCUAGGCCAGCUGCAGCUGGUUACUGCAUUUCUCCAUGUGGCAGACAGAGCAAAGCCACAGUGCUUUCUCUGCUGGAUUACAGAUAGUCCACAGACCAGAACUUCCACUCUACUACUUAAAAUUGCAUAGGUGGCUUGUCAAAUUCAAUUGAUUAGUGUUGUAAGAAGAAAAAGAAGUUCCUAUUACAGCUUGGAUUUAACGGUCCAUAAAAAAAUAAAAUGAAGUUGCCAUUAAAGUCACAGACGAACAAACUUCUAUGCUGAUUUUUAAAAGCAAGAACAAGAGCAGCAAGUUUCUGGGUCUGCUUUAUCAACAGAUGAAAAAAGACAACAUACAACCUCAUUUCAAAAUGAAGGCUUUUAUCUGGACCCUAAGUGUGCUAUUCGUCUUACUAAUGGGCGUUGGACAAUGCAGAGGAGGACAGUUCAAAAUAAAAAAAAUAACCCAGAGGAGAUACCCUCGUGCCACAGAUGGUAAAGAGGAAGUAAAGAAAUGUGCGUAUACAUUCCUGGUACCCGAACAAAAAAUAACGGGGCCAAUUUGUGUCAACACCAAAGGGCAAGAUGCAGGUACCAUUAAAGACAUGAUCACCAGGAUGGACCUUGAAAACCUGAAGGAUGUGCUCUCCAGGCAGAAGCGGGAGAUAGAUGUUCUGCAAUUGGUGGUGGACGUAGACGGAAACAUUGUGAAUGAGGUAAAGCUGCUGAGAAAAGAAAGUCGUAACAUGAACUCUCGUGUUACUCAACUCUAUAUGCAACUAUUACAUGAGAUUAUCCGUAAGAGGGAUAAUUCACUCGAACUUUCCCAGUUGGAAAAUAAAAUCCUCAACAUCACCACAGAAAUGUUGAAGAUGGCAACAAGGUACAGGGAAUUAGAAGUGAAAUAUGCUUCCUUGACUGAUCUGGUCAAUAACCAGUCUGUGAUGAUCACUCUGUUGGAAGAACAGUGCUUGAGGAUAUUUUCCCGACAAGACCCCCAUGUGUCUCCUCCUCUUGUCCAGGUAGUGCCACAACAUAUUCCUAACAGUCAUCAAUACACUCCAGGUCUGUUGGGAAGUAAUGAGAUACAGAGGGAUCCCAGUUUUCCCAGAGAUUUAAUGCCACCACCUGAUCUGGCAACUUCUCCCACCAAAAGCCCUCUCAAGAUGCCACCAGUAACUUUCAUCAGUGAAGGACCUUUCAAAGACUGUCAGCAUGCAAAAGAAGCUGGACAUUCAGUCAGUGGGAUUUAUAUGAUUAAACCUGGAAACAGCAACGGACCGAUACAGUUAUGGUGUGAGAACACCCUGGAUCCUGGGGGUUGGACUGUUAUUCAGAAAAGAACAGAUGGCUCUGUCAACUUCUUCAGAAAUUGGGAAAAUUAUAAGAAAGGGUUUGGAAACAUUGAUGGAGAAUACUGGCUUGGGCUGGAAAAUAUCUAUAUGCUGAGCAAUCAAGAUAAUUAUAAGUUGUUGAUUGAAUUAGAAGACUGGAGUGAUAAAAAAGUCUAUGCAGAAUAUAGCAGCUUUCGCCUGGAACCUGAAAGUGAAUUCUACAGACUGCGCCUGGGAACUUACCAGGGAAAUGCAGGGGAUUCUAUGAUGUGGCAUAAUGGUAAACAGUUCACCACACUGGACAGAGAUAAAGAUAUGUAUGCAGGAAACUGCGCCCACUUUCAUAAAGGAGGAUGGUGGUACAAUGCCUGCGCACAUUCUAACCUAAAUGGAGUCUGGUACAGAGGAGGCCACUACAGAAGCAAGUACCAAGAUGGAAUUUUUUGGGCCGAAUACCGAGGCGGGUCAUAUUCCUUGAGAGCAGUUCAAAUGAUGAUCAAGCCUAUUGACUGAAGAGCCUCUAACUUAAAUAACACAGAACUCUGCAUUUUUCAGUUUCUAAAACUGUAAAUGUUACAUGUGUAUUAUUUUGCACAAUUCAUUCCUACAGAUAGUUUUUUUAAAUGAAUUUUACUAUAACUAUUAAAAGGGGAUUCAUUGAUGUAGCUUCAUGUUCCCUCAAUAUAAUGAAGAUUAUUUGUAUCCAUCAUCCCAGUUAUUUUAAAAAUUAUACUGACUAAAUACAGGCAAAGUUUGUUUUCUAAAAUGUAAAUAUAUGCCACAAUGUAAAGCAAAUCUUAGUUUAUUUUAACUCAAAAUUGAACACAUGUUCAAGAUCCUUAGCAAUUUAUUUAAAAACUUUAUGAGAUUGCUCUAACUUCCAAUGGAAAAAUAAUUUUAAGAUUUCAGCCAAGUAAUACAUUUUAUUUAUAAAAUUAUAGACAGGAAAUUAGAGAAAACUCUAGUUUUGCCAAUAGAAAAUACAUUUUGCAUUGAAUAAAGUUAUUUCAAAUUGACUUUGUGCCUUUUACAUGAAGUGAUCAAAUCUGAAUUAAUGUAUUUUAUUUAUGCUAAUUUCCCCAAAGAAUUAAGUGACCCACAAUAUUAAAAUACAUAUUUAUAAAAACAGAAAUGUAUACAUUAUUUAAAUGAUCAGUUUAUUAAAAAGUAUACAAAUGAAUUUUUCAAAAUUAUCUUCAUAUGGUUUUCUUAAUACCAAAAUCUCCUGAAAUGCAUUUUAUAAGAAAAAUAUUGAUAUUACAAAAAUGGAGAAUAUUUAGUCAAGUCAUGGUUUUACAGAUCUAAAUUAAAACUCUAAGUUUAUUUAUUAAUUACCCUUCUCCACCAAUUUACUGAUCCUUAUUAUCUGGAAAAAAACCUGUCUGCUCUUCAAGUGAGAAAGCUUGGACAGCUUUACAAGCAUUACUGCAUACUUAGGGGUGGACUAAACUAACUUCAAGGAACUGUUAGAUUAUUUUCCCAAUACCGAGAUUCAAGAGCUCCAAAGCGGAAUCCACAGGGGUUUUGGCUAGUCCAAACUGCUAAUUCCACUUUAUAGUCUAUGUGUCUUUAACUCAUUUUGCAACUAACAAUUUUAUCACCAACCUUCUGGAAUAACUACCUUCUAGAAACAUAUUCACUGCUUACAGCCGACCUUCCCUUUACUCAUUUGUCAAUUAAAUUUUAGAGAACUCUCAGGACACUUUUUGCUCAAGCAAAAAGAAAACACAAUCAGAACUCAAGUUAAUCAUUUGAGUAAGUCAAAUCCACCAAAAUGACCAAUGUUGUCCUGUUACAUCUCAAAAUUAAAGUUCUGGUGAAAGAAUGAGAAAAGCAAAAUCUUACAGAGGUACUAAGCUUUGUUUACCUGUGGUCAUGUUAAAUUGGUUUUGGAAUCCCUUACAACCACUCCCAGAACCAAAAAAAUCUGUUAUUAGAUUUCUGGGAAGAAUUAUGCAUCUAAUUAUUGUUAUCAAGUCUUAGCUGAAUAAAACUUUACUAGGGCAUUUAAUUUACUGACAGAACUAGAGCAUUUCACGUCCACAACGAAAAUCCUAUCAGUAAAACAGAGAGGAGUAU